AGCUUAAAAGUUUAAUAUCUUCUUAAAUAUUCUUUUGAUUGAUUUUUUUGACAGAUCGCGUUUUUUGACAACCCAAAUGCAAACAUGGGGGCGUGGCAAUCGUGACAUUCAAAACAUAACCCUAAACUUUCGCCACAAAACCUCGAAAAUGAUACUCAGACGAAAAAUACUACCACGAAACGUCUCUGACGCUUUAGUAACUCUGUUCACGUUGGUGAUCAUCCCCAUUGUGUACUACUUCGAGCUGUUCGUGGUGCUACCUCACUACUACUCCCAGUGGAGCGCCGGGUACACGUUCCACUUUGUAACUGGAACCUUUAUCCUGUUCAAUGUCUGCUCAAAUUACGUUGCAAUCGUCGUCUGUGAUACAAGCAUUUAUGGAAGGCUGCUACCUACAAUUUUGGGGCCAAAUUCAAGAUUUUGUGCAGUUUGCGAGUGCAUUGCGCCGCCCAGGUCAUGGCACUGCCCCACGUGUAACGUAUGUAUUUUGAAGAGGGACCAUCAUUGUAUGUUUACGAGCUGCUGUGUGGGACACCACAAUCUUCGAUACUUCAUAAGUUUUGUGUUUUACAUAUUCAUAUCGACUGUGUAUGCUUCAUACUAUAACUUGUUUUUUGCGUUUGAAUUUGCUGAAUUUGGUUCUUGGGAAUCAAUUAUUAAACUAAUAUUUCCGUUAGCGUCUUUGUUUGUGAGUUAUUCGCGACACCAAAUGUACUUGUUUAUAGUUUUAAUUGUAUUGAUUGGAGGAGUGUUUACUGGUGUUUUGUUGUAUUAUCAUUGUGAUUUAAUUUUGAGGGGGGUUGUGACUCAUGACAGGCAACAGAAGUUGAGUCCUUAUGAUUAUGGACGAAAGAAUAAUAUUAUUGAAGCUUUAGGGGAGAGAUGGUAUCUUGUGUGGGUGUCGCCAUUCCUUGAAAGUAAAUUGCCACGUGAUGGAGUUAAUUGGGAUGUAAAACAAUCACUUAAAGCUAAGUAGUACUUAGUAGAAACCUAUAACGUAUUGAUUGUGUGUCCUACUAAUAAUGUGAUAAUUAAAGGUAUUGCCAAAUAAGGGUCCUUGUGCCGUCUAAUAAUUGACCAAAAGUAAGUAAUUUUCAAAAUGUCAAUGUACACCCUCCCAGUUAUAGUAAAUUACGUGUAAAUACAUAGAUGUUGUGAUCAGGAAUUAAACAAUCCAUAAAAAAGA